AUUGGCUCCUGUCAGCCAUCGUAUACACUCCACACGUGGACUAUAACACGUACAUGGAGUAUAGAGUCUGCGCGGUCAUAGCUGCGUAUCAGCAAAUCCAGAGCCGCCAGUUAGAGUACAACAGCGGGAUAUAGUGGGAUUGCACUACUCUACUGAAGUUAGAUAGGACUGACAGGUAGUUCCCGAACAUGGAUCCAAUAACGGAACAACCUGCGAACAUUAUAGUUACCAAUCAACCAACGAAGUCCAAUGAGUUGGUGGUCACGGGUCCCGUUGGACAAAGAGUAUGGUCCUCGGGACUGUUUGAAUGCUUUGAUGACAUCGUCCUGGCCGUCCUCACUUGCUUCUUCAUGCCAUGUAUGGAGUGUUACGUGGCCAAUCGGAUGGGAGAGUGCUUCAUCAUGCCUUAUUGUGUUUGUGGAGGAACCCUUGCCAUGCGAACCAAGCUCAGAAUCAUGGGAGGCAUACAUGGUUCAAUCAUGAAUGACGCUUUUAUCCUGCAAUACUGUGCACCCUGCGCUGUGUGCCAGAUGUCUCGAGAGCUCGACAUUAUGGGAAUUCUUUGAAUACCGUGAUACAGAUGAAGACGUCUUGUCAUUAUGCUUUGAAUUUUGUAUAUAUUUGAAUAGAUAAAUACUAUAUUUCCCCCUCACUAGCAAUGCUAUUGUCCAAGCUGUUUUUAUGCUGAUAAGCUUGGUUACAUGGCUAUAUUUUUAGGUCACCUGGUCAUGGUGACCUAUUGCCAUCCGUCUUCGUCUGUCGUCGUGCGUCGUGCGUUAACGUUUAUCUUGUGAACACGAUAGCUUUUGUAAAAGUGAAUGGAUUUCAAUAAAUUUGAUAUGCUGCUUUAUAUUAAUAAGAUCUCGGGCGGGUUCAAAAGACAAUAAUUGGCAGUGUCAUGGGACUUGCAAAUUUUAAUUACUAUUGGAGAUGUAAUGGGACUUGAGUUUGUGAGCACACUAACUUGAGUAAAUGUGAAUGGAUUUAGAUGAACUUUACUAUGCCGCUUUAACUCAAUAAGAUCUCUGACGUGUUCAAAAUUGAGCCUUUCAUACAGUAACUGGCAGAGUUAUUGGACUUUGAAAUUUUAAUUACUAUUAUAGAGCCAAUGGGACUUGAGCUUGUGAACACAAUAAGUGGAGUAAAUGGGAAUGAGUUUCGAUGAAUUUUGCUAUGCCGCUUUAUAUAAAUAAGAUCUUAAACAAAUUCACAAAUGACCUCGAUCAGACAGUCACUGGCAGAGUUACUGCCAAUCGGAGAAUCCAAGAUGGCCGAUCCUGGCCUCUGAUUUGCUGAGACGAGAAAUUGUCAACUUCUCAAGAUCGUCUGACGCAGCUCACUUCUUUAUUUGUACAAAAUUUCCUUAUAAAGUUCCGAACAAGUGUUUUUACUUUUUUGUGCCGAUCAGAACAUUCAAGAUGGUCACCCUGACCUCUCAUUGACUGAGAUUGUAUUACUUCUUCUGAAGAAAGGCUACACCGAUUGACUUCUAACUUAGUAGAAGUGUUCCUUAUUAAGUUUCGACCAAGUAUAUUACUUUUCAUGUAUGCUUCUCUUAAUAGAUAGAGGGUACAAAGUAAUGUACCGGUUUUAUUAUAUAUAAAAAGUUAUUCAUCCAAUCAAAAAAAUCCUAAUAAAAUGUAUUUUAA